GGCGUCGGCGUCGCGCAGCGCAACCACCGCUUCGGAUUCGGCGGCCACCUCGCCAUUUACGGCAGCCGCGGCGGAGAGAGAAGACUGAGGAGGGAGAGAGAGAGAGAGAGAGAGAGAGAGAGAGAGAGAGAGAGAGAGAGAGAGGCGUGACGGCUCCAAUGCUCGCCGCCGCCGCCGCCGCCGACGAGGAGCUGUAGUAAAUGGUGCGGGCUGUGGAGUUGGCUGGUGCUCGUGGAUCGAUCUGAGUUGGAGCUGCUGGAGUGGUGGUGGCGGUGCCGGAGAUGGCGUUGGCUGCGAAGGAGAGGAAGCUGAGCAGGCUUGGUAGCAAAGGCAGUAGUGGAGGUGGCGCCGGCGCCGGCGGCGGGAGUUGUGCGAGGGGGCAGCGGGCGCCGGCGGGGACGCAGCGGCGGCUGUUCGCGGCGUUCUUCGCGUUCCUCUGCGCCGGCGCGGUCGUCUUCGGCGCUGCGCACGUCAUUGGAGCAUCCUUCCGACCUGUGCUCAAGACGGCAUGGCCGUCGGCCACCCUGAACGCCGUGUCCUCCGAGCGCGGUGCGCAGCAAGCUGGCGUCGUCAGUGUCGACACCGUGUUGCCUUCUGUUCAUAUCCAGCACGCAAUUGCCUUGCCGGACCAUGUUCUCCUGAUGCUCAGAGAUGGCUCAUUGCUGCCGUCUUCAGGGCAAUUUGAGUGCCUGUACUCCCCUGUCAACUCCUCACAGCUGCGUCGUCUGCCCCUGUCUGUUGCCGCCUUGCCGGAUGGACCCAGCCUUGUUCAUUGUCCUGCCGGACCAGCCAGAGUUGCUGUAUCCCUGUCACUGGCGCAGUCGGCUCCGGUGGCGCCGUUGCAAUGGGAUCGGCUUGUGUACACUGCACUUAUUGACAGCCGGGACAACUCCACCGUGGUGUUUGCCAAGGGGAUGAACCUCCGUCCGGGUCGUCUAGGUGUGCCAUCACGGUAUGAGUGUGUCUUCGGCCGAGAUUUUUCGAAGCCAAAGCUUGUUGUCACUUCCCCAGUGGUUUCUGCUGCCCAGGAGAUAUUCCGGUGUGUGACACCAGUUCGCAUUCGCCGGUACCUCAGGAUGACUACUGGUGGAAAAAGCAGCAGAAAUAAUGAUGAAAAGCCUAUGUUGGUCUCCAUCAGGACUAAGGGCCGGGGAAGCUCUACACUUCCUUCAAUUGCACAACCUGAGCCACUUCCUCGGUAUAACAGGCAUCGGAGACAAAAGGCACACUCAAUGUGUGUCUGCACCAUGCUUCGCAACCAAGCUCGUUUCAUCCGGGAAUGGAUCAUCUAUCACUCACAUAUUGGUGUGCAGCGGUGGUUCAUCUAUGACAACAACAGCGACGAUGGCAUUGAGGAAGUCCUCAGCACUAUGGAUCCAUCCAUGUACAAUGUGACACGCCACUUAUGGCCAUGGAUGAAAUCUCAGGAGGCUGGAUUUGCACAUUGUGCACUCAGGGCUCGAGAGAGUUGUGAGUGGGUGGGGUUCAUUGACAUCGAUGAGUUCCUGCACUUCCCUGGCAACAGAACACUACAAGAUGUCAUACGAAAUUACUCAACCAAGCCACGGAUUGGUGAGCUCAGGACUGCAUGCCAUAGUUUUGGUCCAUCAGGCCGGACUAAAAUUCCGAAGAAAGGUGUUACAACAGGCUACACAUGUCGGCUGGCUGCACCUGAACGCCACAAGUCAAUUGUCAGGCCAGACGCAUUGAACCCAUCCCUGAUCAAUGUUGUGCACCACUUCCAUCUGAAGGAAGGGAUGAAGUAUGUGAACAUUGGUCAGGGUAUGAUGUUGAUCAACCACUAUAAAUACCAAGUAUGGGAGGUGUUCAAGGAUAAGUUCUCCGGACGUGUUGCGACAUAUGUUGCUGAUUGGCAGGACGAGGAGAAUGUUGGAUCCAGGGACAGGGCUCCUGGGCUUGGGACCAAACCGGUUGAACCGAAGGAUUGGCCAAAACGUUUCUGUGAAGUAUAUGAUACCGGUUUGAAAGAUUUUGUUCAGAACACUUUUGCAGAUCCACACUCUGGAAAUCUUCCAUGGUAGAUUGGUAAACACUUCAUUUGAUCAUGCACAGCACGGCACCACAAUAACUGACAUGGAGACAGACAGGAAAAGGAGCCAAAAGGAAAUUAGGUAGAAGAGCUAUUUGCUCUUUGGUAUAUUUUUAGAUUUUUAAGGUCUUCCUUUUCUUAGUUCAUUUAGAAUCAUCAUUUUUUUGUUACAUAUCUAAGAGGGAAAUGAUUCUUUUGUAGAUACAGAUAGGUAGCACAAUUCACUGUAAGUUUUCUUGGGGAAGAAACAAUCAUACAAUCAGUUACUUGCUUUCA